AUGAGCAUGUACAGUGGAUUGUUGCUCCUGCUCCUUACCCUCAUUCUCUCUUGUUGGUCCGUUCCUUUCACGUCCGGGGAGGAGGAAGCAGCUCUGGAGACGGUGGACACGUUACAGGAGGAAGAGGUGCAGGAGGAAGGAGGAGGUUGCAGGUUCUUCGUCUUUCCUCCUGCGGACUUUGAGUUCUCGGACGACCCCCCCGUCCUCACCAUCCACAUAGACGGAUGUCCUAUGGGCUACUUGCGUAUCGAACUUCACCUGACGACAAACGGUCACGACGUCCUCCUCAAGAACUUCAACGUCAGGAUGGGAGAAGAGAAGGAGGAGCCGUUGCUGGGAGGCUUGCAGCCUGCGCAGGAGGAGCAGGAGAUGGAGGAGGAGGCUGUGCGAUACAGUAGGCAUCUUACCCUGGUCCUUGGUGAGCUUGUCAACAACUACGUGUACCAGGGGACGGUGAAGACGUUCGAGGUAUCGGGGGAGGGGACGCGGCCGAUGUCUGUCCACCCGAUGCGCUUCACUGUGCGCAUGCCAUCAACUCCGCAAGUCUUGAUCAGCUUCCCGCCACAGGGCUGGAGGUUCGAGGGAGGGUCAGAGGUCCAGGUGAUCCUGACGAUCUCCGAGGGGACGGGGGAGCGGCAGACGUCGAAGUUCGUGUCAGUUCUGGUAGUGUGGUUCCUCAAUGGGGUUUACCAGGGGGUCGUUAGGAACCGAGCGAACCAGUUCGAGCUCCCGACGGGGAUUGAGAGGAGGAGGAGGGGAGAGUACAAUUUGACUGUGAUGCUCCUGGACAUUGCUCUACAUCCCUAUGAUGCGAAUGCGUCUGUGCUCUUCUCGGUUGUGCCAGAGGAGGAGAAGGAGGAAGAAAGGGACGAGACGGAGGGAGGGAAGAAAGCUUGCCUGCUGAGAGAGGAAGAGGUCGUUCACAAUGAUUGGGCAACCUUCAUGUUCAACGAGUAUGAAUCCUUCUCUUCUCCAGCCAAUUUGCACCAACCAGUGAAUCAGACUGCCGGCUGCCAACACAACUGCACGCAAGGGCGGUGCGUCGACGGUGUCUGCAUCUGCAACCCGGACUUCUUCGGAGAGGAUUGCUCUGCCUCUCCCUUCCUCCACUCCUCCUUCCUCCCCGAGGUGCUGACACAGGAUCUGCCGUGCACUCCGAGGCAGUCAAGGGAUACGCUCGAGAGAUUCACCCCGCUGUUCCUGCGCCACGUCAUUGCCUCCCAGUACAAGCAAGCAUGCGACCGGCAGACGAUCUUCUUUCAGGACAUUUCGGUUGGCAACAAGGGCAUCGGAUUUGCAUUGCGGUGGCUCUCAACAGCUCUCGUCCAGGACUCGAGUGUUACCUCGAACGCGCGUCCGCCUGCCGGGUCAACCGGACGGAGGGUGCCAAUGCUGAUCAUGUGCCGACAGUCCAGGUGGGAGGAAGACGUGGUGGAGGAGGGGCGACGUGGGAGGAGGAGGAAAUGGAGGGAGAAAAAGGGAAGGGAAAUGGGGGAGGAGAAACAUGAGAGAGAGGACGAGGACGAGGACGAGGACGAGGACGAGGACGAGGACGAGGACGAGGACGAGGAUGGGGACGAAGGGGGAAGAGGAUGGGGAAGGAAGACAACGACGACGAGGAAGAAGAUGGAGAGAGAAAGGAAGAGAACUGAUGUCUUCGUUACCUCUUCCAUCCUCGCCGUCUCGACAUCUCCACUUUCGUUUGUUCAGGACAUUCCAGAGUCGCUCAAAGGCAUGGGAGCGGUCAAGACAGAGAUCGGCUUCCACGGGAGCAUCAUUGGUGUUCAUGUUCGACACGGAGAUUCUUGCUUCGACGACAACAGAAAGUAUAAUAUCUCAAAGGUCUUCAUCGCAUCCGAUGAUCCUCAGGUGAUCGACGAAGCUCGACAGCAGCUGCUCCAGGAGCGGCCCUUCGACAGAUCACAGCUGGACUCCGAGCUGAGAAUUGAGCAUCGAGUCCGCCACGGGCUUGUCUCUGCGCUUCCCCCCCUUGCUCCUUCCUCACUCCCUCGCCUCCUGCAGGUCGAUCGCCGCAUGGCGGUGGAGUCAGCCCUCAUCGACCUCCUCCUGCUCCAGUCCUGCGACUGUUUCAUCCUCACCCUCCGGAGUCACUUCGGAGCAGCAGCGCUUCAGCUGGCUCUUGCUGCUCGGGGAUAUCUGCCUCCGUACAUCUCUCUCGACGGUCCUCUCUUUCCUAUCCAUGACGGGAAGCAUGAGCCUUACGUUCCAAACGUGCAUCAUCGCGAAUGGGUAUCUGAGCAUUAUGGUCAGGGAGAGUUUAAGGAGAGGAACUGGUUGGAAAGAUAUUUUUGA